AUGGCUCCGGGUAUAUUAGAGACCAAUGACUUGACGCAGUGUUCUUCAAAUACAGUGAAGUUGUCUGUCUUUCCUGAUGGCCUGCGAACAUCUGGACAGCAUCCCCCAGUGUACUCGCAGGUGCGACCCCACAAAGAUUUCCCCCUGAUUCAUACUGGGCCCACUGUUUGGAAGCCGGAAGAUUACCGGGAUUAUCCAGAGCUUUGGACGCACAGAUUCAGCGCCGAAGAAAUUCGGGAGAUUGGCAGGGCUUCAGAUGAGUUCAUUCAGAACGAAACACCUUUGACUGAAGAGCUAAGGAAGGACCUCAUCGACGGAAAGGGGUUCUUCCUAUUCAGGGGGCUUCCUGUUCGAGAAUGGAACCUGCAGAAGUGUGCAACGGCUUACAUGGGACUUGGAACAUAUCUGGGUUAUUUCGUUAGUCAAAACGGCCGUGGGCACGUUCUUGGUCAUGUGAAAGACCUUGGAGAAGAUCCGACAAAGACCGACAGAGUCCGAAUCUAUCGAACUAAUGCCCGACAAUAUUUUCAUACGGACGGAGCGGAUUUUGUUGGUCUGCUUUGUAUUGCAAAAUCCCUCUCUGGAGGCGAGUCUGAUAUAGCAUCAACGCACCAUGUGUUCAACACACUUCAGGAGAGGCACCCCGAUGUUGCCCAAACCCUGUGUGAACCCAACUGGUAUUUCGACCGCAAGGGCGAGGUAUCAGAGGGAGAAGAAGAGUGGAUCCGAGGUAGUAUAUUUUACCUCGAACAUGACCGCAGCGAUUCACCCCCCCCGAGUUUAUGCGAACUCGCUUUAACUCAGGACCAAAUGCACACAUCCCCCCCUUUGUCCGAGAAACAGAAAUAUGCAUUGGAUGUGUUUGAGAAGACUUGUGCAGAGCUAUCCUUGCAUAUGAUCUUGGCCCCCGGUGACAUUCAAUUCUUGAGUAAUGCACAGGUUUUCCAUGCACGAACUGCCUAUACGGAUCAUCCACCUGGGGCAUCCGAAGGCGGGUGGAGACUUCCUUAUCAUGACACUCUGCAGAAGAAAAGAGGCGGCAUUCAAGUAAAUGACACGGCACCUGUGUGCCCUUUGGAUGCCGAGUGA